AUGUGCGGAAGAUAUGCUUUGGAUUGUACGGCCGGGGAGCUGGAGCAUCGCUUAACGGAGAUCGGCUUGGAAUAUCAAAAUACAAGGCAAUAUACUUCCGGUAUCCAACCAUCCUAUAAUAUCGCCCCUACCCAGACAGCACCAGUUUAUACUCACCAUAAGGACCUUAAAGAUAUGAAGUGGGGGCUCAUACCUCAUUGGGUCAAAGACAUUUCAAAAUCGCAACCUUACAAGACGUUCAACGCCCGCUGUGAGAAUAUUGCGACUAGUAAGAUGUGGACCGCGCCUUCCAAUUACAAAAGAUGCGUGGUUCCCGCUAGUGGCUACUAUGAAUGGCAAACAAAAGGGAAGACUAAGAUCCCAUAUUAUGUAACCAGAAGAGACCGCGAGGUUAUGUUUAUGGCAGGGAUGUACGACUAUGUGCCAUCCCAAGAUCUGUACACUUACACCAUCAUCACUGCACCAGCACCCCCAAACAUGGAAUGGCUUCACAUGCGUAUGCCGGUUGUCUUGAAUGACGGCUCAAAAGAAUGGGACGCCUGGCUUGACGAUUCCAAGACCCAAUGGGACGAAACGGAGUUGCAGUCUGUUCUACAGGCGCAGUGCAACGAAGACGAGCUAGAGUGGUGGCAGGUAAAUCCAGAUGUUGGGAAAGUAUCAAAUAACGGAAAGCACCUCACUACCCCUGCGAAUAGUGCAGUACGCAACUUCUUCAAGCAAGAAGGUAAAACAACAGAAUCUCUGGCUAAGUUAGAGGACAAACCUAAUAUCAAGAACGAGGAGGGCGACAAUAGUGUAAAAGUAGAGAAGGAAGAAGAAGAACGGAAGCCAUUUGUACGUGAGAAAGAUGGUUCACAGAACCAGGUUUUCGGGGAGCAGCAUGCCAAGCUCGAAAACGAAACCGAACCAAGACGUGAACCGCACAAGCCAGAAGGCUCUGGGAAAACUAAGCACGCUACGAAGCGCAAAGCUUGUACGAGUGACGUCACUCAAAUGCUCAGGAACUCGUCGAGAAAGCGAGCAAAAAGAUAA